AGAGAAGGAAACUGGAGGUGGACAUUCAAAAGUCUGUCAAAGCCAAAUAAUCCGCACCACCCGAACCUUCCUCGUUUUCUUUACUGGAGUCCGAACAACGACACCGCCGGCCAGAUGCAGUUUCGACUCUUCUCUUUUGCCCUGAUCAUAUUGAACUGUAUGGAGUACAGCAACUGUCAGGCGCCGUCGCACCGCUGGAGAAGAAACAAAAGAGCGAGCUAUGGAGCGUAUCCAAUCUGUAAAGGCUGCUCGGUGUGCUCCAGAGACAACGGCUGUGUAACCUGCCAGCCCAAACUCUUCCUGUUCCUGCGGCGUGAGAGGAUGAGGCAGUACGGAGAGUGUCUGCAACAUUGUCCGGCCGGGUACUAUGGCAUGAGGAGCCCAGAUGUCAACAUGUGCUCCAGGUGCAGGAUAGAGAACUGCGAGUCCUGCUUCAGUAAAGACUUUUGCACCAAAUGUAAAGCUGGUUUUUACCUGCACAAAGCCCGCUGCUACGAAAAGUGCCCUGAGGGUUUUGCCCCGCUGGAGGACACCAUGGAGUGUGGAGAGGGCUGUGAGGUGGGCCAGUGGAGCGAGUGGGGAGCGUGCACCAGGAGAAACAAAACAUGCGGAUACAAGUGGGGUCUGGAGACGAGGACACGGCACAUUGUAAAGAAACCGCCCAAGGACACGAUACCCUGUCCCACCAUCGCUGAGUCCCGGAUGUGCAAAAUGGCCAUGCGGCACUGCAGAAGAGGGGGCUCGGGGAAACACCCGUCCAAAGAGGAAAAGAAGAAGAAGAAGAAGCAGAGACUGCGGUUUCGGGCUCACAACCAGCACACUGACCACUUGGCUGCAGUUCGCUCCAGUCAGUGAGCAGUGAACAACUACAGACUACCCAAAUACUAUAAAGAAGAACCAACGCAAAGCUGCUAGCCACUGCUGCACCCAUAUCCUGUCUGACCACAAGCCCCACCUCCUGCCCUGGGCCACCCCACUGCCUAUAGGACACUAGGUCACUCCAGUAUUUAUCUCUAAUGUAGGAUAUCACUAAAAUGUGCUUCAUGCUGCUUUGUCCAGUCGCAGUGACCAACCAGGUGACCUUCGUCCAAGCCCCUCCCCCUAUUCCAUCACCUUGUUGUGGGCUUUUUACAUUGUCAUUAACCAUCCAAACGUGAUGAGAGGCAGAGACUGUGCAGGCUGUGGGAGAGAAGGUGGGCUGAGAUGAGGGCAAGGAGGAUGGCGAACAAGAUGGCAGAUGAAAGGGUAACCAGAGAUUUGGCUAAACAAGAGUGAUGCUAAAGGACUGAAAAGGCAUCUUGAACUUAAAGAGACUUUUUAUUUAUGUCAAAGCUCACCUUCCCUGUAGACAAUGGUGUGGAGACAGAGACCAUUCCCAUGUGAGGCCUUUUAUUUUAUGUUAUGUACAUUUUUG